UACUCUCAUAACAUGUGUGUUUUGUUUACUUUCUGGUUGAGUCCUGUGUUCGGAUUUCUUCGCUUGUUUUAAGAUCAAAAAUUUUAAUUAUAAAAUUUUCUAUUGCAUAGAAAUUUGAAACUUUAAUUUACAUGGGAAGAUAAUAAUCAUCAAGUUUGGACAACACCUCGGUGAUAAUAUUUAGCAUGAACAGAUACUGAUACAAAAAUUCACCUACUGUUUUCAGAAGUAAAUUGAAGAAUUGAUAGAAAAUUCUUUAUCUACAUCUGUAUCAUAAUGGAUGAAUUUUCAGGUGUGAAUGUGAUAAAAUUUGCAGAAGCUAGAGCUAGUGAAAUCGCUAGUUUGAUGAAUGAUGUCAAUCAUAUAAAAAAGAAUGCUACACAAAAGUUACCACCUCAUAUGCGUAGACGUGCUGCUAGUCAUAAUCCAAGAAGAGUUCCACGGAAGUUGAGAAAAAAUUAUUUGAUUCAGAAUCCUAAUGCUGUCUCAAAACCAAAAAAAGCUCCAAAGGAGAAGCGUAAGCUACAACAAAAGAAAAAACAUGAGAAACAAGCUAAAAAUUAUCCUGAGGAAUAUGCCAGUCGGAGUCGUCCAGGUGAAUUUUGGCUAGGAACUCAUAUUUGGCAUGCCAAAAGAUGUAAAAUGGACACUUUGUGGGGAUACAAAUUACCAAUUCACUGCAAUGAUAAAAAAUUAGGAGCUACUCACCAAGCUGCUACAAAACAUGCAAUGCUUAUGGAUUUAUCGUAUUAUUGCUGUAUCUCUUUGGAAGGACCUGAAGAUAAAUUAUUAGCAGGCUUAACAACACUUACUGAUCCUGAUUCAGGGAGUAAUUUUGGAUCAGCUAUGUAUCGUGAUGGAAUGAGAGAAGGGCAUACUGUUGUGUACCAUCCGUUCAAAUUUCCCUAUGAGGCUAUAGGACCAGUAACUUUCAUAUGGAAGCCUAUCACUGAUAUGUCUUCAGAUUCUGAAACUUCAAAAUAUUCCGCCAAACGUUCUCUUUGGAUAUGGUGCCAUCCUUCAUUUCACAAUGAGUUUGUUGAUGUGCUUGUUACGGUUUUCAAGUUUGAAGCAAUUAAAAAAGAAUCGGCUACUAAAACCGCAGAUUCAGACGAUAUAGGCAGUAACGAGAAUGUUACAUUUAGUUCUAAAGUAAAUCUUGAAAAGGUUAGACAACAUUUUUUUAAAGAAAAUAUCUUUGCGAAUAGCAAUGUACAAAUGUCUCUACUCAAAGACAAACUAGUUCGACAUCGUAUCAUUGGACCGAAUUCGCAAUCUGUUCUCACCAAUGUUUUAGAAUUGGCUGAAGUUGAGGAUGUUCAUCAGCCAAUUGAAACUGUCACAGCUGGUUCUAUUAACAAAACGAACGGCAGCAAUGACUGGUCAAUUGAUAGUGCAGCAAAAGAUAAUCAAACUUCAAAGAGUAAAUCAAAAUUGAAACAUCCUUCUGAUGAUGAUCAUUACCCUGCACCAAAAAGAAUUAAAUCUGAUUCUGUUACAUCAAAAAAUGCAGGAUGCAACUCAGACUCAAAAAACGUGAAUGUGUUAUCAUCUAAAUUGUUCGUGAACGGCGCAGAUACUGAAGCGGAUUCAAACCACGUAACUGAGUUGGCUCAUAAUGAAACGGGUGAUGGAUCUUCGAUGAAAAAACUUAUAACCUCUGAUAAAAGCAAAAAGUCUGAGAAUCAGUUGUAUGCUUUAAAAAUGCAGUGCUGGUGGAAACAAUAUUACAACAGCGAAAAAGCAAAAUCUGUGCAUAGAAAAGGAAAACAGUUGUUGGAGUAUCUGCGAAAUAUCCGUUCAGGUUAUUACAUUGCUCCGAACUCAGUUAUUGGACUUACUGUAAAGGAUCCCAGACUUAUUUUAAGUCGAAAUAAAGAUAAAUUUGUCACCACUAAAGAUGGUGAUGUUGGAAAAGAUACUGUAGAAUUAUUAACUGAAGAUAUUGCUGAUUCACCAUUGUGGAAUGGCAGCAUUCGUGAUGAGGUUACUGCAACACAAAUUCCUGAAAGUGAGAUAAAUGAUGAAAGAGCCCAAUGUAUUGUUCCUUCAGAGUCUAAUAAUCUUGGUGAUAAAGAAUCAAGAGUUCCCAUUUUACUCAUUCACCAGCCUGGAACAAAUGGUUUUGGAUCUGGCUGGGAUCUAAUUGCUCCUCUUGGUUGGAGUAUGGCUUUUUGGAUUCCAUUAGUUCUUAAUGGUGGCAGAGUUACAGGCAUCAGAGAUCUUCAUUUUGUGAAUCUAGAGAUAGGUAAACCUAGUUACCCUUUAAGUUAUCCUGACACAAAAGCUGGCAAAACAUAUGAAGAAAAACAGAGAGUGGAUGAACUCACAACUUAUUUUAAGCGACCCAAAGCUAAACGACCUAAUUUUGCAACUUUCGGCACUCCCAAUCCCUACUUUAUGCCUUGGGAUGUUCUUGUUGUAGAUUGGUUAAAAGAAUUGAAAUGCAGCAACAGUAAUAUUUUGUUCCCAUUGAACAAAGAAAACUCAUCAAAAAAUUUUAAAGUUGAAAUUUCUGAAAAAGACCCAAAAAAUUCAUUCUUUGUGUUAAGACAAAAAGAAGUGAGAUUGCUUCAAAAUUUAUGUGAGCGAUUGAGUCGAUUACCCCGUGGGAACAAAGCAAUACGAGAAAUCGAUGCCUUGAAGCAGCUUUACAAUGAAUUUGUACUAUCUAAUCUUAGUUCUGAGAAAGAACUUAAAAAUUCUUUAGUACUCAUUAGGACUAAAUGCCUAACCAGAGGUUGUCCAUCAAUACAUUCAGGUGUUUAUGCGCUUGAUGAAGAUGAUUUUAGAGAGCUGAAGUGCAAUCCUAAUUUUUUGGGCCCUAAAGAGCACAAUCAUACUAAGUCCAAAAAUGUUGAUAAAUUAAACAGUGACUGCUCAUCAGUGUCAAAAGUUUCAGGUGAUGGGCUUGUAAAUAAAGAACCUGGUGACUGUCAUAUUUCCUCCUCAUCAGUGCCAAAAGUUCAAGAUUCAGAUGAUGGACUUGUAAAAAAAUCUGAUGAAUGUCAGAUUUCCUCUGAAAAUCAGAUAGAUUCCAAAAGCUUAGAUCGACCUCUGACAGAGACUUUAAAAUCAUUCUCUUCUCGCAAAAUGAUUGGCUAUUUGUCGGAGGGUGGCUUUUCCAGCAUAUCAGGCAAAGGCUGUGGUAUUGGACACUGUAGUUUAAUUGGUUUGCUCUUUGUGAUUAGAGACUGUAUUGAUCGCCAAAUACGACCGGUAGUUCUUGUACGAGAACAACAUAGUUUUCAAUACAGAGUAUCAUCCCUUGAAAUAAUUCCAAAUUAUUUAUGAAAUGUAUGAAAUAAAUUUUUCUUACUAAAA